CCGCCGCCGUGUGUCAGUUUCAGAUCUAGCUCCAGCAGUCCGCUGCUCCCUGAGCGACCCCUCGCGUGUCCCUGCUCCUGCUUCACUCGGAGACGUCGGAGAGGGGGCAGCACACUGCCAGCGCCGCCUCCAGCCGCAGGGGUUUCUUCCCCUCCCGCUCCUACCAACGACCCUCGAGGAACCAGAACCCCCCCCACCCCCCAAACCCGCCCCCCCAUCAUGGCACACUCUGCCCAGCUGAACAUCCUGGAGCAAAACUGCCCCAUCCAGGUGGAGCACGAUCGGAAGCGGAGGCAGUUCACGGUCAAACUGAAUGGUUGUCAUGAUCGGGCGGUGCUGCUCUAUGAGUAUGUAGGGAAGAGGAUUGUGGAUCUACAGCACACGGAAGUCCCUGAUGCCUAUCGAGGGAGGGGAAUAGCCAAACACUUAGCAAAGGCUGCCCUGGACUUUGUAGUGGAGGAGGAUCUGAAAGCCCACCUGACCUGCUGGUACAUUCAGAAGUAUGUCAAGGAAAACCCAUUGCCCCAGUACCUGGAACCGUUUGCAGCCUUAAUCCCGGCCCCCGACGGAGCCUGGGUUGCUCUCUUCUUCAGUCUCCCUCUCUCUCUCUUUGUCUCACCAGCACACUCUGUUCCUGACUGUUCAAUGCGGCCUUUGCUUCCGUAUGGUCUCAGGAAACACCUUCCCAGGGAACAGACUCAGAAUUAUUUUUCUAAGGAUGCUUGAACACCUCGUAGGGAAGCUGCCCCUCCUCAUGCUGUGAGGACCAACUAUGGCUGACAUGGAGUUUUCUCCAUGCCCCUCCCUCCUCACCUUCCCGACUCUGCCUCGUCUCACGAGGGGCCGUGGAAACUAGGGAGAGGUAGUGUUCCUAUUUGCAUCUUGCUGCCUCCUUGUCUUACCCAGAGAGGUACCUGGAGAAAGGAUUUGGGGCAGUUACUUUGUUUGGUUCGGGUUUUUUACCCCCUUUCCCAGCCUCCAUCACCUCCUGGGCUUUACUUAAGGAACAUCCCUCCCUUCCUUUUUGGGUCUGGAAGCAAAAUGUUUGUCAACCACUGGAUUUUUGCCAGGGCGAGGGAGGACAGUUUAGCCCUCCUGGCUCGAUCUUCCCUUUGUUGCAAAGGGAAACAGGGCAGAAGAUGGGAAGGGCAGGGAAAGGAGUCAGAUGGGGAGAGACAGUGCUCUUCCUUCCCAUCCCUCAGGAAUAAAGGUCACCAGUUGUCAAGGGGAUACACCAGGACUGGAUUCCUCAAAGCGGGUUCUAGCUCACGUCUUGUUCCAAGUAGGAGAAGGACAUGCCUAUCUACUGACUUACACCUGUGAGUUGCAGGAAUCAAUCCAGUGCACACCUGCUUCCCCACCUGUAAUGAGCAGAAACCCAGGUCUGCUCCACAUGGAUGAGAUUGAGGGGGGGUUGAGGGGCUACGAGAAGAAGAGCGGAAUUUAUCUGUGGUCAUCUUCCGAGCCAACCUGCCCCUCUAGGAGUAAUGCACUUCUCCCAGUCUUUUGUUUGUUUGUGGUGGUGUUGGUUUUUGUUUUUUUCUGGGAGAGAGGCAGGAAGUUAACUUGACUGUGUCUUCCUUCAGAUAGAAAGACAAUUCUUGAUCCACUCUCUUCCAUGUUCAUGAGUCCCCGUCUUUAUUUUUUUUUUCUCUCCCUUUCAAUUUGGUGGCUUGAAUCUAGGAGCAAUAAGCAGCACUAGUGAUUGGAGGAUCCGUCUCCAUUGGCCUUAGUGCGCCAAAUCCCAGACACCACCCCCCACCCCUCACUCCUUUUACACUUCCCUUCUCUAGCCGUCUCAGAGACCAAAGGUGGGUGAAGCACAAAAGGCCGUUUCUCUUUUCAGGAUGAUGCAUGGGGACUAUUGAUUAAAAAAAGAAAAGAAAAAAAAAGUGUCAGCUAAAAUUUAAGAUUCCCUAUCCUGCACUAUCAAACAAACGUGUGCAUAGGUGCGCACCUACCCUGUAUGAAAACAGGUUGGGUAAAUGCUUCCGAGGAGCAUCACUUGUAUAGCCAAGGGUCCUACUACAGCUGCCAUGAGAUUCUGUGGAUGGAGACAACUUCCACUGGAUGUGGCUGGUCUUGGUUCCAGACAUUAGCUCCUCUUUGUAUACCUUCCAACCAGUCCUGAAAUACGCCAGGGUCCCUGCCCUUUCCCCUGUUAAGGGGUGCAGCUGCUGAGCAGUUGAUAUCCAGCUGUUUGCUACAGUCUCACCCAAACUCGCCUGGCAGCAGACUGUUACUAUCGCCCAGUCUGGGACUAAGCAACCAGUUCUUGCUGAGAGAUACAGCUUGGCACCUUUAUGACCUCUGUCUUCCACAAAACAUUAUCUUGCCGGCUUAAAAAAUGGGCUUUGGGACAGGAUAUCACGCUGAUGACUGGAAGUAAUUGAGAUGGGAGAAGGGAACGGCAUCAGAGUCUAGCACCCCAACCCCUGUGCUAGAAAUCUCACUACCAAAGGACAUUUCCUUUGUGUCAUGAGACACCAAUAAUCUGUGUUAACAGACAGGGCUGUGCUUCUGUCUGUCCCUCCACAGCCUGGGUGGGUUAUUCCUUUAACAGUAUUUCCUGUCAGAGAAAGCAAUAGCCAACUCAUUCCAUCCCCUAUCCCUGGUCACCAGUAGCACUCACAGAUCAAGUCUUCCCAUUUUAAACUCUUCUUCCUCCUAUCACCCAUCUUCAUUCACUGGCUCAGUAUUAUAUCUUUGCUUUUCUCCUGGUCUUUGGCAGAAGAGGCAGCUACAUUAGAAGAAACACUGAUAAGGUUGGGUGGGGCAAUGGUGCUUACUUUUGUGAGAGACCCUCUUUCCUUUCAGUGUCCUCUGGGGACCUGUUCAUGAACAUCUCCCAGAGGAAUCCCCCAAGCCCUAAGUGACUUAUUCUUCCCCAUGACAACUGAGAUCGGGCUCUUGACUCCCCAAGAUUAAGGGGAUAAUGGGCCUGAAUUCCUCUGUGGGACUAGAUGAGAAGCUCAUUUGUACUACAUACUAUCAAGUUGAGACUUGUUGUGGGCAUCUCCCAAAGUGCAAAGAAAGCAGUUUGGUGCUGAGUGGGCCAAGACUGGCCUUUUGAGCAUGUAUUAGUGGUCCGUAGGAGCUUUAUCGCCCUAAUCCAGAGUGCUGGGAAGUGGAGGGUGGAGGAGGAGGAGGAAAGAAGAUGCCCCGGGAAAGGGUGACAGAUGCUUUUUGUUUUAACAAGAGUCUCCCACCCUUGUGGGGUGGGGUGGAGGGAGUGCACACAGACUGGGCCUCAGGUUUCAGUGUAGGGCUUCCUUUGUUUGGUCUCUGUUUAAAUUAAAAACCAGCCUUGCGGAGUCAUAUUUUCCAUUUGCUGAGGCACUGCCUUCACUAGUCUCUGCACCACAGGGCCGGCUUCCCUCUCAACCCCCGUGCUCAAAGCCACACAUAGCUUGUCUUCUGUAUAGAAAUGAGCACCCUGCCCCCAUCCUCCGGGAUCCCUGAGAGGACACAGCAGCCCUGGGGCUCACCAGUGCUCUGCGGAUGACCCAAACUGAGGUUUCCCCAAAAUCUAUCAUGCUGCAGCUGGUUGUAGUGGAUACCUUUGCAGGCCUUGUGGCAAGGGUGCCAGUCUCCUGACUGCUGCCCGAUUGAAUGCCCUCUUCGGAAGAGGUCAUUCCAGGACGUGCUCUCCUCAUCCCCUGCCUUCUAGGAAGUUGCGAGGGAUGAGGCUAUGGUGACACCCUGCCCCUCACUUACCCAGUUCUGCCCUCCACAUGCCUUUGUAGGUCAUGAGAUGGCACUGCCUAUGAUAGGACACCCAGCAGGAAGGUGAGGCCUGUACAGGUUAGAGCCAGUCAGGGAAAACAAGAAAGCCAGAAAACCCGAAGUAUUUAAAAGUUUUGAGUUUAUCAGGGAGGAAAGGGUGAUGUGGAUAGGACUAACCAAUUGAAAGUGGAAUUGGAUGCUGGGAUGCCUUCCUUUCCCCCCUAUGCAAAAUAUACACACACACCUCCACCGCCCCCACCUUACCCCCAAAUACACAUUAAAGAAAUGGUGCUUUCCAAGGCUCAGGGUAGGAGGGAGUGUCAGAGUUAAGACUCUUCUUUCCCUCCAUUCAGGUAGGCCCCUGGGGGUUAGCCACCUCAGAGAUGUUAAGCCACUUUAAGUAGGAAGCAGCUUCCCCAGGAAUCUCCCUGGCAGCAAGACCUAGGGUGAAAGGGAGGGUAAGCAGGUACCUGCUACCUCCCCCUUCCCUUUCUUCGGAAGCUUCCUAGAACAUCCUCCCUGAGCCCCUUCCCCUCCCCCCAUGCCCCUCCAGUUUUGUCUUUUAUAAUGGGUAGCAUCAUGAAAAGCUUAGCUUUCUCCCUGGGAGAGAUGACUGUUCACCCAUCUAUGGACUAGCGUGGAAUAUUGGUGUAUUCUAUUUGCAGGGCCUUGCCCUGAGUAUCCACUCCACCUGCAAGUUUGUCAGGAGUCCCAGGACAUGAGAUCAGUUGAUGUGGCACGACUGAGGGAGCAGUAUAAGGCUUGCCGUGAGUCUUUGCAUUUAAUUCCCCUUCUUUGAUGACUUGAACCUAAACUGACAGGCCUGUGAGCUAACACUGACUCUCCAGGCUCUGCCCAAGGAUUUUUUUUUUUUUAAAUAUAGACACAAUUUAAAAAAACAAACAAAAAACCAAACCUUUAAUACUUGAAUAGACACAGGGGCAUCUUGUCUUAUAUCCAUGAGGGAUAAGUCUUGAGUUGCUCUGGUCCCCAAGCAGAAUGCUGAAAGGCAUUACUAGGGUUUUGUCUUCAUAGAGGGCUUUUUUUCUUGAAUUCCUGCUGAUGAAGCUCAGUUUUCCUACUGUUCAAGGAGGUUCCCUGCCUUAAAGCAGCUGUGGAGUAUUCUUGGCACUGCUACCCCUGCCCAGAAGAGAACUGGAAAUGGGGCUGGUGCCCCGAGCCUGAGGGUGGCCACUUUUCAAGGGGCUGAUUCUUCCCCUUCUUAACAGCUAGGUAUGAAAGAAUUAAAAUCUAUCUAAUUUCUAUAACACCAAAGGGAGAGUUGGGUAACAAAGAACAUUGAACUGUCAAGUGCUGAGCCUAGGGUUCAUUUCCUAGUCUCUCCACUCCUUCCAUAGCAACUCACUCCCUUCUGGAGUGUCCUUUUAAACUGGUGUGGCCACCGGAUUGUGUUUAUCAGGAGUAUUUUCCCAAGGUUUAUUCUCUCUUCAAAGAAACUCGUCUCUAAUAAACAUGUAGCUCCAAACCCCUCAGUCACUUGAUACUGGCAAAAUCCAAAUUGAAUAGAUAAAAACCUCCAUAAUUUAAAUUUCUGCAUUUGACCUCCUUCCUUCCAGCCUCCUACAAUGCAUUCUCAUAAGCAGAGCUAACAUUUGACAACUAUUAGGUUUUCAUGCACUUUGAAGUGCACAGUUUUUUUAAAGUACCACUUGAAGUGGAUAAAGUACCAGCCCUGGGUUCAGGAGGACCUGAGUUCAAAUUCAGCCUCAGACACUUGACACUUACUAGCUGUGUGACCCUGGGCAAAUCACUUAACCUGCACUGCCCUAGAAAAAAACAACACUUGAAGGGAUAACUCGAUGCCGACUUCACAGCCUACAGUAGGGAGGGGUCUUUUCCUGCCCCACUUUUUCCUAUCCAUUGGGAUGGGUAAUAAGUCAAGAAGUAUAACAUUUGCUAAGCAUAAGGAGUAGAUGAAGGCAGAUAAGGAAGACCUUGGGGGUGUCUGACCACAUACCUCUCCUUCCCCCACCCCACCCCCCAACCCCAGUGGGUACCCACAGUCCACAGGAUUGUCUCAGGACAACACUCCUUACCCUGUUCUGGGAGAAGUGGGUCUUUCUCUGGUCAGGACUGGAUCCUGAAUCCAGGACUUUCACAGCCUAAAGAUAGUAGCAAGGGCUCCCUGGCCUCCAGCUUGUCUCACCUAGGAGGAGCCAUGGACCACUUCACUCCCCAAACCAGUGAGAAUAAGAAGAUGCUUCAUCUAGACAAAAGCACCAGUGCUUCCUUGUCUUGUUGGCCUCCAGGAGGAGAUGAGUGCUCCAAAGGCACUGAAUCUUUCUUGACGGGUAACUACUUUUUGCUGAAAUCUUUCUCACCUUUCAGGGCCAGAAAGCACAAACCUCCUAAGCUCAGAGGUUUCCAAAGGGGGAGGCUGGCUCCCAUGGAAAGAUCACCCAAACACACACGCCUGGGAAUCUUCCUGUCUGAGCCCCUACCCCACUUGACAUUUAGGUCAACAGAUAGAAGAUGAA